UGUUUAGUAUCGCCUUUCGCGUCACCUUCCGGUUUGAACAUGAUCAAGAUGAAUUUCCAGUGGAAUUAUUUCGUGUUAUAUGUUGUAUUCGUUGGUAUAUGUUUGAUAUGUUCCGUUUUAUGCGACGAAUCAGUAGAUUCUGAUAACAAUGGACAUUUCAAAAUCGACGGGAAGGUUGAUUUGGUUGCAUACAGAGACAAGGAUUGGAUGAUGCAAACCCGGGUGUUGGUUGAUGGUGGAGAUUACGUUGGAUUGCUAAGGUCUGACGGUUCUUUUACUAUCAAUGGCGUUCCAUCUGGUUCUUAUGUGAUUGAAGUUUCACAUCCAAAUUUCAUAUUUGACGCAGCAAGAGUUGACAUUACAUCAAAAGGCAAAAUGAGGGCAAGAAAAGUCAACUACCUACAGCCAUCCAUUGUGAAAAAUAUACAAUACCCAUUGGAAAUUAAAGAAAGAAUGAAAGCAAAUUAUUUCCAAACAAGAGAACAGUGGCGAUUUCAAGACUUCCUGAUGAACCCAAUGGUUCUCACUAUGGUACUACCUCUGUUUUUAAUCAUGGUUUUACCAAAGAUGAUGAAUGCAGCAGACCCAGGUGCACAAAAGGAAAUGCAGAGCCAGAUGAAAGCCUUAAAUGACAAGUCAGCAAUGCCCGAUAUAUCCGAGAUGUUAGCAGGAUGGCUUGGUGGCGGUGAUAGCAAGAAAGCAUCAAAAACGAAAGCAGUGAAACGAAGAUCUUAACAUUGACUUCAAACAAGACUUUAUCAUGAAUAUUGAAUAGGAUUCCAGUAAUAUCAAACUGCCUAAGUUUUUCGAAAUUCCUUAUAAUUUACCACAGAAUUUUGAUCUCAUUAGUCACAAUGGGCUUAUUCCUUUUUUUCCCAAUUUGUUUUAAAGUGAAUUAUAAAUGAAGUAUUUGGCAAAACGUGUACAAUGUACUAUCAUUUGGACUCCAGCUUUGGCUCUGAUGUGUAGAUAGUUCUUGAUGACUAUUUCAGAUUUAAAUGUCUGACAGGGAAAAGGAGUCCCUUUUUUGUGACCUACAUCACCCACUCAUUUUCUCCUUUCCUUUCAUUUGAGAAAAUCAUUUUAGAUAUACUACUCAUAUAUUGAUGAUACAUGUGCUCCCCAUUCCCCAUCAACCCCUCAUGUUUUCAUACUAGAAUAACCCUUAGAACCUUUCCUGUAGUACAAACAUAGGAAAUAUUUUGCUAUAUCUAAUGUAUCUAUACAGAAGUUAAAACAAAUCUAUUUGAUCUGACAAACAACUGAAAAGAAAAGCUGUAACACCAAUUAAGUUCAGUAUACUUUUUGAUCCUUUAACUGCUACCCAUAGCAGACAGAUGAUUGGUCAGGACAACCCAAAUGGAGGCUGACACAAAGUUAAUCAUAUCCUCAGCAUUGAGAUUACUUCAGUUUAGCCAGAUGUAAAAUAAAUGUAAAAAUAUCGAGGUUACUCCGAUCUAGUGUGGCAUUGACUUGUUUCUUAAUAUACAAAUAUUGCGUCAGGAUAACUUCAGAAUGACACGCGUCAAUUUAUAAUGUGUCAAAAAUGAAUUUGAUUAUUAAUUUAUAAAUUUUGUGUCUUUUAUGUGAUGUGAUAAUCGUUGAUCAUGGGUUAAAUAUAUUUGUACAGUAUAUGUGGAUUUCACAAUAAUUUAUUCCAUGUACAUAAAAAAUUUAUGUUCUGUUUGCCAGGUCAUUCAGUACCAAUCUUCUGGUAAUGCUUUGCUUACCCAACACACCUCUCUUGUGUUUUGUAACUCCUGAUUGUAAUAUUACUUUGAGCUUUUAAAGUAGAGACAGGGUUGAGGGUGGGUAGUACUUUGCAACUUCUGCAAACUAUCAUGGUACCAAGGGUUACAAUCAGUAUAUCUGUGCAGGGCGAUGUCUACACUGUAACCUUGGUAAGUGAAGAGACAAACUGUUGGAUCCUGUGUUAUUGAACAUUUAAUAAUUGUAAAGGGAACAAGGAGGAGCUUUAAACUUCAAACGGAAUUUAUUAUUGUAGUUUCCAAUUAUAUCAUAACGGUGUAUAUUUCUCUAUUUACUUUAAUAACAGUACUAGGAUAUUUGUAAGAAUUUGUAGAAUGUGAGAAGUUGAAUGGAAAGUAAAUCAGGAUAGUGAUAUUUGAUAAAAUAACUUAUAAUUUCAAAUUUUUCAUAUUUGUUUGUAUAAAGAAAAGCCAUUAUUUUGUCUUGUGUCUAAUUUUUGUUGUAUUGUUUUGGAUGUAGUACUGGUCUGGGCUUCUACUCUCGCUCAGCUGUUGUGAUAUAGUUAAACAGAUAUCCUGUAAAUUUGCUGCUAUAAAAAUAAAAAAUCAGAAAUGUACAUCAAAAUGGAAAAAGAAGUUCUGUGUAAAGAUAUGAAAUACACAGAUUGUCAGAAAAAGAGAACAAAAGACAAGGCGUUGCUGGUAAUUUUGUUUUUGACAUAAACCUUCAUUUUUAAAGACUGAGUUUGGCUACAUAAGAACCACAGGAUUAUUUUGACCAAAUGAAAGAAAAUUUAACAAACCAAAUCUGUAUCUAACUCCAUAAUUAAAAUUGCCUCAUCAGAUUUGACCUACAACCCCUGAAAUAGUAUAUGUAGGGGUAAAAAGCAAAUUAACAUUGACCGUGAUUGUCUUCUUGGCUGUGAUAGAAAUGUUUGUAAAUUCCAGGUCUAUGUCAAAUGCAAAUACUUUGUGUUCAACAGUAGCAAACAUUUUUUAUUUUUUUUUAUUAUUCUUUAAAAACAUUGUCUUGUGUGAUUAUUAUUUGUAAAUUAUGAAUACUAAAUUGGAGUUAUCUCCCCUUAUUGUUACUCUUUGUACUCUGUCGCAGAUAAAACCAGGGUCAAUCGUGCAAUAAAAACAAUGUUUUUAAAGUUAAAUGUACUCUAAAUAAAAUGUUAUCUUUCUUCAGACUUUAUCUUGUACUUAAGAUUUGAAAUGCCAAGUUAACAACACAAAAAAUGUCAAACAGCAUGUGUAUUAUAAAAUCUCAACAAAUUAUUAGAGAAGUAAGAAGUUAUCUGGGAUGCAUUUAUCUAUUAAUCCAAAAAGACCUAAGGAAUGUCUUCUUGAUCUCCAGAAAGUGUUUUUAAAAAUUGUGUUGUUGUUUUAAAUGUAAAUAAAAGAAGAUUGACAAA